GUGUAAUUUAUAUCGAAAUCAGUAUUUUAAUGCUUUCACUAUGCAGCCACACCGAUUGUGAAGUUAAUCGAUUCACUUGUACAAUCGCCAUCCCACACUGCUAAUAAAUAAGCUAUAAGAAAUAUCUAUUCAAAUUCUAUUAAAUCAGUGAAAAAUUAACUGCGUACAGCUCACACACACAGACGCACAAACAGGCAUAAUAAGAGUCAAAAUAGAUACGAAUUAGUUGCCACAAGCAGCAAGUGCACCUACACAGCUCACACCGGAGAUAUGGCGCACAUAGUGGAAAAUCAAUUAUAUGCUGCUGCGCAAGCAAUUGAGCAGCAGUUGGAUCAGGAGAUCGAUCGCUUGGAUAACUUUGACACGGACGACUUGAAGGCCUUGAGAGAGAAGCGCUUACAGGAAAUGAAAAAGUUAAACAAUAAAAAGCAAGAGUGGCUGAGAAACGGUCACGGCACCUAUUCCGAGUUGGCCGAUGAGAAAGAGUUCUUUGAGGUAUCCAAGAAAUCGCCGAACAUUGUGUGCCACUUCUAUAGGGAUAGCUCGGAACGCAGUCGCAUUGUCGACAUGCAUCUGAAAAUACUCGCCGCCAAGCAUGUUGAGGCCAAAUUCUGCAAGGUGAAUGCUGAGAAGACACCAUUCUUGACCCAACGUCUACGCAUCAAGGUGCUGCCAACAAUAGCACUAGUGAAGGACAGUAAAACCAAGGACUUCAUAGUCGGCUUCACCGAUUUGGGCAACUGUGAUGACUUCUCCACAGAGAUGCUCGAGUGGCGUAUUGCCCAUUCGGGCGUCAUUGAGUACAAAGGCGAUCUUAUGCAGCCACCAGAUGUGAAACGCAAGCCAUUUAUAAAUCGCCCACAGAAGACCAUACGCGGCGGCUAUGACUCCGAUGAUUCAGAUAUCGAUCUGGAUGACUAAUGUGGCGCCUACGGCAGCCGCAACAUAAACAAACACAUCCACAAGAGUAAACACUAGCUGCUUGGCACUUUGUUGCGCCUGGAACACUCAACAAAAACAAAAAACAUCAUAUGAAAAGAAAACAAAUCAAAACCUAGCACAUGAAUGUAGGAAACCAAUUAGGCAUACUUUAUCGUUAUUUAUUUAAUUGUAUAAUUCCAAUCAAGCUAAUGCUACUAACCCAAACCUUAACUCUCCAUGUCAUAGGGGUGCUCACUGCGAGCUUAUAUGGUUGCCUUUCCUCCUUUAUAUUUUUACACACACUUGUGCCCAGCUAAAAGCCCCUCUAUGUUGUUCGUUCAAAAUAGGCCUUGCGCGCCUUUGGCACAAUAUGAAUAGCUCUAACUCGUUCGUCAUAAAUGGAUAUAAUGAAUACCUACGUAAAUAUAAAAGACAAAACUGGCAUAUAUUUUUAACAAUAUCUGACAUUUGGCAGUGAUGCAUUUCCUACUGUAGAAAUAACUAACUCACAUGUACAAGUUUUUUACAUUUAUUUUUGUAAUUCUACAAUCAUACAUCAACAUGAAAUCGUCUUCACAUUAAAUGGCAAGUACGGAAAAAA